AUGCCUUCUCUCCUGGAUGAGUGGCUGUGGCGGGAGGAGCACUGGCUGCCCCCGGGGGUCACGUGGGAGGACAUGAAGGACUCAGACGUCGCUCGCUACCCCCGACCACGCGACCUUUACGCUUCCAUCGUCUGCGGCUUCGCCUUCCUGGCCGUCCGGCAGCUCUUUGAACGGCUGGUGGCGUUGCCGCUGAGCAAGUGGAUGGGGGUGAAGGAGAGGAGACGAAAGAGGGCGACUCCCAACCCGGCCCUGGAGCGUUUCUACACACAACACAGCAAGCGGCCCAGAGAGAAGGAAAUGUACAGACUGUCCGAGAGCUGUGGCCUCUCCCCGUGGCAGGUCCAGACGUGGUUCCAACGCCGGAGAAACCAGGACCGACCGAGUGUGAGCCAGAGGUUCUGUGAUGCCGGUUGGAGGUUCACCUUUUACACGCUGGCUUUCUUCGCUGGGUUAGCCGUGCUUUUCGAUAAGCCAUGGUUUUGGGACCAGCAAGAAUGUUGGGAAGGCUACCCCCAGCAGGUCUUGUUGCCCUCCCAGUAUUGGUACUACAUGAUCGAACUGGGAUUCUAUUGGUCUCUUCUCUUCAGGAUUUCUAUCGACGUGAAGAGGAAGGAUUUCAAGGAGCAGGUGGUUCACCACAUCGCCACCAUCUUCCUGAUGAGCUUCUCCUAUUGCGCAAACUACAUCCGGGUCGGGACCUUGGUUCUGCUGGUACAUGACGCUUCGGACUACAUCAUGGAGGUCGCAAAAAUGUUCAACUAUGCCGGUUGGCGUCGGGUGUGUGAUUGGCUGUUUGUGAUCUUCGCGUUGGUUUUCCUGAUUAGCCGAUUGUUUAUCUUUCCCAAUGUGGUCCUGUACACCACUUGGUGCCGCUCCAUGCAACGCUUCCAGCCUUUCUUUGGCUACUAUUUCUUCAACGCCCUCCUGCUGUUGCUGCAGCUGCUCCACCUGUUCUGGGCCUACCUCAUCCUGCGCAUGGCCUUCAAGUUUGUGUUUGUCGGGCAGAUCGAGAAGGACGAGCGAAGUGAUGAUGACGAGGAGAGCGAGGGGACGGAGGAGGGGGGGGAGGCUGGGCUGGUCAGCUCGAAGGCCGGCAGGGGCACCGGUGCUGGCAGAGUGUUGAAUACAAUCCGGAGCCGGAUGAACAACCGGCGCGUGAACAACGGCCUUCCCAAAGCAAGGUAG